CUAUCAUUUUCCCAAAAAGGGAUCUUUUCAUUAUAUAAUAUUAUAUAUGAUUAUGUAACAUUCCGCCUUUGAAUCCCAAAAUACAAUACGAGUUUUCUCCUUGUAUUAUCCGAAUUCUUGAAUACAUAUCACAUCUGGGUACCCUAGCUUAUCAGCUACAUACAUAGAAGUUUACAUAUGUAUGUAUUGUACAUAUGUACUACUAGUAGUAACACACCUGGCAUAUGAUAUUGAAGCAAUUCAAAUGCCAUGCCAGGCUAAUCGAUUCACACACAAUCGAGAAUCCUGGAGAAUUAAGCUAAAAACCAAAAAAAAAAGCUGCAGCCCAAAAUCAUCCAUACGUAACUCAGUUCGCCAGCCCUGUCAGUUCUCCAUCAUCAUCAACGAUCUCCCCCAAUGUGGGUAAUAUCCCAGGAAUAGUUUCGGCAUCAUUAUAGUUCGCCUGAUCCGCUCAACCUCUAAAUAGGGGUAAAGAAACAAGCACUAGACAAGUCGGCGCCAAAUGAGGUGAUAAAUCGACCCACCAACCAGACAGAGCUCCCCGCCUUAAAUACUUAUAUCCCACAUAGGCACUCCAGGCAUCCUACCUAGACCCGGACGGCGGUGAUG